UAAGCCAGAUCCCGAAGGGGAGUCUGCAGAAGGGUUAAACGGGUCUUGGGCAUCGGCGUCCUCGCCCGCGGCGGAAACUAGGAAGAAGGCGGUGGGGCUGCUGUUUCAUCUUGCCUUGCCCGGACUCCUCAAAGCCGGCGCUAGCAGUGCGCGGCCCCAGAGCAGGUGGCCCCCGGCAGUCUCUGGGGCGCAUGGAGCGGCAUUAAUAGGGCUGUUGGCACAGGCCAGGAGCCGCUCCAACAUGAACCUCGUGGGCAGCUACGCACACCAUCACCACCAUCACCACCCGCAUCCCGCGCACCCCAUGCUUCACGAGCCCUUCCUUUUCAGCCCGGCCUCGCGCUGUCACCAGGAGCGACCCUACUUCCAGAGCUGGCUGCUGAGCCCAGCUGACGCUGCCCCGGACUUCCCUGCCGGCGGGCCACCGCCCACAGCCGCCGCCGCGGCCGCCGCCGCCGCCUACGGUCCGGACGCCAGGCCUGGCCAGAGCCCGGGGCGGCUGGAGGCGCUCAGCGGCCGCCUGGGCCGGCGGAAAGGCUCGGGACCCAAGAAAGAGCGGAGACGCACAGAGAGCAUCAACAGCGCGUUCGCCGAGCUGCGUGAGUGCAUCCCCAACGUGCCGGCCGACACCAAACUCUCCAAGAUCAAAACUCUGCGCCUGGCCACUAGCUACAUAGCCUACCUGAUGGACGUGCUGGCCAAGGAUGCACAGGCCGGCGACCCCGAGGCCUUCAAGGCCGAACUCAAGAAGGCGGAUGGCGGCCGCGAGAGCAAGCGGAAAAGGGAGCUGCAGCAGCACGAAGGCUUUCCUCCUGCCCUGGGCCCAGGCGAGAAGAGGAUUAAGGGACGCACCGGCUGGCCGCAGCAAGUCUGGGCGCUGGAGUUAAACCAGUGAGCCGAGGCCGCGCCGAGGACCUGGCCGUGCACGGCCGGCCAACCCCGGGACCCGGAGAGGAGAGGAAGGGGCGAAAGCAAGCCAGGCUCUGGGUUUCCCGGGCUUGCGCGAGCGCAUCCCGCCGCCGCCGAGCCUCUGCUGAGCGCUGGCAGGUCGUCGGUUGCAACCACACAUUUGGAUCGCACGUGCAAUGUCAUUUGAAAUAGUUUUUCUAAUACAUUAAGAGAAAGAAAGAUAUAUAUAUAUAUAUCCACCUCUCUUAACCGAGGGCGGCUCUUGGCGACACGAUGCAAGAGGGAGGGACUAAUGAACCCAAGCGCGCAAAGACACACCCUUCCAACCCUUCUGGGGCGAAUUUCAACCCCGCAACGCCUUCCCCCUUCCGCUGUCUGGCUCUCUUUCUCUCUUGUCCCUCCCGUCGCUUCGUGUCAAAGCCUCCGACACCCCCGUUCUCUAAUAAAAUGCAAUAAGGAAUCAAUAGUGUUCUGCCCGGGAAAGAGAACCUAAAGCAGGAAGAUGAAGGGCUGCUCUUUGUUGUUGUUCUCCUUCAAAUAGUGCUGUUUUUUUUUUCCUUUUGUUGUUGCACUUCCUAUUUAGUUUCAAGGGAAACACUUUUUCUCUCUUUCUCUUCCUUUUUCUUCUUCUCUCCUCUUCCUUCCUUCUUUCCUUCCUUAAAAACUUAAUAAAAGCUUUUCCCUAUGUUGGAAAGUUUUUAUGUAUUUAAACUACCUACCAUGCCUGCUGUGCUCAGGUGUUUGUUUAUCCUCCCAUCCCCAUCCCUUUUCUACCUCAAAUCUAUAUGACCACUCACAGCCCUGUCCCUGUGCCAAAGCAGUAUCUGUGCUCUUGACUAAUAAAAAGUUUUCUGAAAUCA